UACACUCGCAAGAAGGCGGGUUUCCAUUAGCCGUGUGAUUAAAAUCCACUGGCCUAAAGUCUGAUGGCUAUCUGAUGGUCACUUCCUCAACUACACAUAAACUGCGACUUGGCCAAUAUCGAUUAAUAUUUUCAGAUAUCUGCUCCUGGUGUAGCCCUAAUGGUACAUAUUGCAAAAUUAAACCUAAUGCCUCUGACAGAGUAAUAAUUAUAUCAGUUUACAUAAGUCCAGCAGAGAGAAGGCUUUACUGUAGGUGUUUCUCCUGGCCAGGAGGAUUGGCGGAGCUGACAUGUCCACAGGAUCUCUAAGCGAUGUUGAAGACCUCCAGGAGCUGCCCGUUCAGAGGCUGGAUAUCCAGUACGGGAGGUCUAAACGGGACCGGGCUAAAGAGCAGCUGUACAGCUCCGAGGACGAGAUCAGCACCGGCGAACGUUUCAAGAGUGGCAAGAAGAGAGGGGCCAGGGCAGGGACGGGGGACGCCCGACUGGAGAAAGGCGAUGGCAGGCAGUCACAGCGGAACGCCGCCAAUGCCCGGGAGAGGGCGCGCAUGCGGGUGCUGAGCCGGGCGUUCAGUCGCCUGAAGACCAGCCUGCCCUGGGUGCCGGCGGACACCAAACUGUCCAAGCUGGACACGCUGCGCCUCGCCUCCAGCUACAUCUCACACCUGCGGCAGCUGCUGCGGGAGGACGCUUACGACGGCGGCUUAGUGCCCCCCGGCAGCCUGACGUGGCCGUUCAUGGUCCCUGGUCGACCGGAGGACGCCAAGGACAGCUCUCCAUCCUCCAGACUAUGCGGAGCCACAGCAUAGACCUCCACACGCUGCUCUGUCAUCACCUACCUGUGCGAACUGCUUCAUGGUUAAAGGGUGGAUAUGUCAGGAGCCCGAUUUCUGCCCUCCAUCUGACAUUACAUCAGAAGAGCAGCACCCAGCACUGAUGCAUCCAGACGGAUCUCUUACACCAAAAUAAACUUCCAAAAAUACUUCCAAAAAAUUCAUUGGAGCUCAGUGGGACGACUGAUUGUUUGUGUACAUGUAGUGUAUUUUUCUAUAUUUCUAUGUGCCCUAAAUGCCUUUAUACAAGGUCUUUAUACAGGGUAUUGUGUGAACUGUGUACCAGGAAAUUGCAGCGUACUUGUCAAUACUAAGUACUACUGUCUCUCCCUGUUGAUUUCAGUUAAUGGUACAGCUGUAUAUUUUAUAGAAAUAUUCUAAACAAACAAAGAAUAAUAAGGAGAAUGUAAGCAGAGGAGUUUGCAUGAUCAGACCAUGGUGUUGGUCAGAUCACGACCAGUAACCAAGUGUGACCAUUUACCGUAAGACUGUGCCGACAUUUGACAACUCAGUUAAUA